UGGAGGGAGAGUUUAUAAAAGAACACAUCGGGACCAUGAAGGCUGUUCAUGUGAAACGCAGAUCUGCUCUUUAACUCCUGGUACCCAGGAUCCGUUCUGAUCUAGAGGAAGACCACCAGGAGAUUAGUUGAUGGGCUUUUGUGUCCUGAAAAGAGCACGCGCUCCAUCAGAGUGCACUUGACGGGUAUCAGGACGCGUCUCAUGCAGAGUGACCGAAACAUCUACUUUUAUUAAGUACGCUCUUCUGAUUGAUUUGUUUUGUCCUCUCGCAAUGGUCAUGAGUGGCGUGAACGUACUCGGGUCGUGGGUUUUGUGCGCUUUGUUUUUGCCGCUUUCUGAGCCGAGCGGUCAGCUGCUGAAGUGCCACGAAGUGCGCGCAUCCUUCCAGUUUCUGUACCCUGGCACCAAGUGGGCUCCGGAAUCACCGGUUUCAGGCUCAGACCUGCAAGUAUGUCAGUCGAAAGGCCUCACUUGCUGCUCUCGCAAAAUGGAAGAGCGUUAUCUCCUCACCACUAAACAGAACUUGGAGUCGAACCUGCAGGCCAGCAGUGCCCAGCUCAAACUCCUCAUCAUCCAGAACGCGGCCCUCUUUCAAGAGGCCUUUGAUAUGGUUUUGCGCUUGGGCCGUAACUCUACUCUCACCCUACUGAGAGAGGAGUUUCCUGGACUGGGUAGUGGAGCUAAUGGUGCUGCUACUCAGCUCUUCCUGGAUAUGUCCCUUUACAUCCUUGGAUCUGAUGCCAACGUAGACGACAUGGUGACAUCCUUCUUCUCACGCCUCUUCCCUCUUGCCUAUCGCCGCCUCUUGGGCAAUGGGGCAUCAGCAGGAAUCUCAGAUGAGUGCAUGCACAGGAUGUGGCGUGAGGCAUCAGCAUUCGGCUCUUACCCUAAGCUCAUGAUGACGCGUCUUUCACGUUCACUGUUGGCCACACGUCUCUUCCUUCAGGCACUGAACCUGGGCAUCGAGGUGGUAAACACCACGCAGCACCUAAAGGCAGGAAGGGAGUGCGCUCGGGCACUGCUCCGCCUCUGGUACUGUCCACUGUGUCAAGGACUGAUGGAGGUGCGACCAUGCAAGGCAAUGUGUCUGGUGACAAUGGGCACCUGUCUUGGGGGGGCAGCUGAGGUGCAGCCACACUGGAGGACCUACGUGGAGGGACUGGGCACUUUGGCAGCUGCCAUGAGAGGAGGGCAGGACAUUGAGGCAGUGGUACUCAGGCUGCACGUCAUCAUCCGGAUGGCUCUGAGACACAUUGUGGCGGCCAAGAGCAGAGUGAACACACAGGUAAGCAGCAUGUGUUUACACACACCCCAGCGCAAGGCUCGUGCAGUUACAUCACCAGUGGAGCAGACGCUUAUCAUCCAACCAGUCAACUUUGAUCCAGAUGAGACCCUUUCUGGACAGCGCAGAGAGUUGAUCCAGAGUCUGAGGGGAUUCAGUUUCUUUUAUGCUAAUCUUGGGGAGACUCUGUGCAGUCGAGAGCCUGCAGCACUCAACGGCUCCCUCUGCUGGAAUGGGCAGGAGAUGACAGACAAGUUUUCAGGUCCAGGGCCGAAGAAAAACCACCCUCAUGGAUCAGACGCCAAACACAAGCACCCUGAGCCUGUGGUCAGCCAGAUCAUCGACAAACUCAAACACAUCAACCAGCUGUUACGGAUGGUGACAUCACCAGAGAAGCGAUGGAAGGCUCGGCCAGGAGGGGGUGCUACACGUAGAGACCCAGACCGACUGAACCAAGGGGUGGAGGAUGAGGAAGGUCUAGAAAGUGGCGACUGUGACGAUGAAGACGACUGCACUGGAGUUUCAGGACUCGGUCCUCCCACACGACGCAAACGUUUACGUAUUUUUGCCGAUCUGGCAGAUAAUUUGGCAAUGGACGACUUGACCUUUCACGAGUUGCUCCUGACCCCGAGACUUGCCACAGACACACAUGGCGGAGCGUCUGUUCCUGGAGCAGCAGACGGCCUGCAUGUCCUCGCUCGUGUCGUCUUUCUGUUCGUCAUCCUCCUGCUCUUUGAAUUUCAGUGAACUCUCCAAUCAGUGUUAUGCAAAGGCAACUCCAGAAUACACUCUUCAUCAACUGCUGACUGUCCUUUAAACUGGCCAGUGAAUUUUAAAGGACAGCUCAGCUGACCCUUUGUACAUACAGUGAAAGAUGAGCUAGACUGAGGACAGAAGACUCUUUCUCCCUUUUGUGUGUGCUAUCACUGAUUUUACUUAAUGAACGUCUGUUUCGUUUUUGUUUUUUUUUGUACUUUUACAAGGACCUCUUAAGCUGCCAAACCACUAAAGACAUACUCUCCCACAGCAUGAUAAAUACGACACAUACCGUAACUGUAUCACUGUGUGCUUUCAUCCCACAGUAAUCAUUUGUUUUACAUGGGAUAUUAUUUGCUUUCUUGUGUUUUUCUCUUGAAGAACAGAGCUUCCUGUAGGUAAAGGACCUAACUCUCUUUUUUGUUUUCUAUGUUUUUAUAAUUUAUUGAAUUUCUAGAGAAGAAGGACUAAUGGUGUCUGGGGGAAAAGGCAUUGGACAUUGGUCUGUCGGAUUCCUGGACACACUCAAACACACAAGCACACACACACACACACACACACACACACACACACACACACACACACACUAAGUUGCAUCCUAAUUCUGCCACUCAUUUCCUCUGCAGUAAAUGAUCCUUGAAGGAGAUCAAGGGACUGGUAUGUCGUUGUGAAACCUCCUCACUGCAGGGUGACACCAGCUGAAUUUUAUUUGGAGAGAUAACAGUUUAUUAGAACUGUAAUUUUCCCUUUUUACAGGCGUGCUAACUUGUCUUCUAUCGUUACUCUUUCUUCCUCAUUGUUUUCUCUCUCUUUCUGUAUCCUUGUUUGUUUCUCUGGCUCUCACAGUGACAGGCCACAUCAUAUUUAGGUGUUUACUGAAGCUGGAUGAUUAAAGAUAUGGCCCACAUAGACACCCUUAAAUGUCCUCCUCCCUUCUUUGCUUUUGAUUUACAUGUACAAUGGUGUAUAAGAAAGGAGCCACUGUGAGUCGAUGGCCAAUGUGUUCAAGCGUGUUGUUCUUUGUUUCUAAAAUAUCAUGCCAAGGGGUAAUCCUACCGUUUUUAACACUGUAAGAAUUCACUGUACAAUACAGUAUUUAUCGUUAAGUACUGUAAUAUGUUUACAGGUAGUUACAAUGUCAUUUCCAUUCGGUACAAUUUUUUGUGUGUGUUUAAGAGAACUUACCAGUGAAACAGAAUAAUACCGGAGCAGUUAUUGGUAAAUGAAAAACAAUGGCUGUGUGGCAGUGCUGGGAUUUGAACUUGUGAUUUUCAUGCCUGAAGGCAUAUGCACUGAUUCAAACACCUCCACCAUAAAAUGAACGUAUGUGCUUAACUUACAUGGCCUUUUUAUUAGCUUAUAAGCCUACAUCAAAAAGGCUAUGAAUUUACCCAGAAGGGUACAGAAUGAGAUCCGCUAAAUAGGCCAAACACAAAGAGAAUAUUUAGAAAUUAAAAGAGAGAUUAAAAUAUGAAAAAUUCCAUAAUGUUUUCUCGUAUUUUUCUGUAAACAAAUGCACUGCUCUCAUUGCCCAAUUAUUUGCAGAACAAUAAUGUGAAGUAAUAAAACAGUAUUUUGCUGUAAAAUAAAUACUGAAAAUGUACAGUAAAUUUUACAGUCUAUAUAAAUAAAUAUUCUCAUGUAUGUUCUUGUAAGUUAUAGACAGGGUUUCAUAUUUUGAACGAGCGAGAUAGUAUCAGCGGUCAUAUGUUGCCCAGAAGUAUAGCAGGCAUAAGUGCACUAAAAUGAAAGGGUUUCAUUUCAUUCUCAUCUGAAAAGCAUUUAAGAUCAAUCAAGGACUCACAAAUUAAAUCACAUCUUAAAUCCGGUGGGUAUUAAAUUAGUUAUUACACUUUGGCCUGUUCUGUAAUUAAACACCAAAUUCUUUUACUGCUGUUUAUAUUACAGCUGAUUGAGUAGUGGGUGAGUCUGAGGCCAUUUGGCAGCUCUGAGCCGUGAAGACUCACAAAGAAUUUCUUUCACACCAUUAACCCAGUUCAAAACUCAGUGACAAGUUUUUCUUGUAUUUGCAGCACUUCUCCUAGGUUGACCAGUAUUUGUGAUUUGUGGAAGCCAGUAUUGAUGCUUUUUGGAGUAUGUGGUAGCAGAGUGUGUCGCACCCAAACAAGAUUUUGAUGUUUUCUAGAAUGCGACUGCAUUCUGUUGUCACAGUUUACAUAUUUAUUAAAGUCAAUAUACAUGUCCACAUUGUGAUGUGCAUUUUCUCUGUGGAUUUAGUGCGGGUUUCUUGUUAGUUGAAGAGACACAAAGGGUCUUUUAUAAAGUUUGUGUGUUCUUAAUCUUCGACUCAAAGACGCCUUUUUGAUAUCUAGUUUCACAAGUGUGUGUCAAAAAUGCAGACUAAUUAAGGUAUGAGGAGCCACACAAGGACAACUACAUAAACAAA